CUAGAGCAGUCAAGCAAAAGGAUAUACCCUUAUGGUACGAAAAUUCCCCUUUCCCUUCAUGGUAAGGUUACCACAACAGUCUCUGCCAAUGGGAGAACAGCUCAGGCAGCAUUCUACGUUGUUGAUGGAGACCACGGCUCACUGCUGGGCCAUGACACUGCAACUAAACUAGGUCUCAUACAUGUGCAACCUUACAAGUUCGAAGUUGUUCACAAACCUGGAAAAUCAAACCCGGCAGACUACAUGUCACGCCAUCCACAAACGCUUCACACGCCCAGUAUCACAGAUGACGUGGACACUGAAAUGCAUGUCUCUUUCAUUGCUACACAUGCGGUACCCAAAGCGAUGACACUCGAAGAAGUGAAACGAGAGACUCGAGGUGAUCCACUGUUACAACAUGUUGUAAGAAUUAUUCACUCAGGUAACUGGGACGGCCUACGUGACAAUGCCACACAAUUUGAUCAGUCAACUCUGAGAACAUUUUACAACAUUAGGGAAGAACUUACGACUGUGGAUGGAGGCAGCCUCGUUCUUAAGGGCACCAGACUCGUCAUGCCUGUGACCCUGCAAUCCAGAGCACUCGCACUUGCUCAUGAGGGACAUCAAGGCAUUGUCAAAACUAAGCAGCUACUCCGAGAGAAAGUCUGGUUUCCGAAGAUAGACAAACAAACCGAGGAACUGAUAUCCCGCUGCCUUCCUUGUCAAUCAUCCACACCCAAGACUGAGCAUCAACCACUGCAAAUGUCUGAACUCCCACAGGGACCUUGGGAGGAUGUUGCGGUGGACUUCUGUGGCCCCUUUCCUUCAGGUGACUACCUGUUAGUCCUCAUAGAUGAGUAUUCAAGAUUUCCCUUUGUGGAGAUUAUGCCAUCCACAUCGGCAUGCAAACUCAUCCCUGUCUUGGACAAAAUCUUUUCGACAGUGGGAAUUCCAAAAGUGGUGAAAAGCGAUAAUGGACCCCCAUUCUCAAGCAAGGACUUUUCAGACUUUGCAAGAUACCUUGGGUUCCACCACAGAAAGAUAACCCCCUACUGGCCACAGGCCAACGCUGCAGUUGAAAGGUUCAACAGGACUCUGACCAAGGCGAUCCACACGGCUACGCUGGAAGGCAAGCCGUGGAAACAAGAGCUAUACAAGUUCCUCAGGAACUACAAUGCGACACCUCAUCAUACCACCAACCGGCCUCCGGCUGAGGUGUUCUAUGGUCGCCCCAUAAAUAUAAAACUACCAUCCAUCUCUCAUCCCCCCAGUGAUGAUGAUCUCCGUCGGACAGAUGGGUUGAAGAAGGACAAAAUGAAGAAGUAUGCGGACGAAAGGAGGAACGCAUCGCACUCCGUACUCAAGGAGGGUGAUGUUGUCCUAAUACAACAGAGGAAAACAGGAAAACUUGUGACACCCUUCAACCCAAACCCCUACAAAGUCAUCACAGUGAAAGGAACAAUGGUCACUGCACAGAGACAUGAACACAAACUCACAAGACAUAGAUCACACUUACAACAGGAGACGGUGAUAACUGUGAUGACGACAGUGUUAAUGGACAAGCAGGUGAUCCUGAACACGUUAAUCUUGAAACCAGGAGGCGACGCCCUGUGA